AUGAACUCUAAACGUGAGAAGCCGGCCGGGGGCUUGUUGCCUCUAGCGGGCGUGUGGCACAAAGGCUGUACGCUUUCCACAGUCAAUGACUCUGAGCAGAUGUUUCUUUGCUUGCUCGCCUGGUUCGACCUUGGACCAUUGCAAUCUCGCGCUGAUACCGCUGGUGAAGACGCAGCCGACGAGGUCAAACAUUCAGCACUAGGCAACGGCGUAGAAACGUCACCAAAAGCCGUCCACGGCAUCCGCAUUUUGACACGUACUCCCCCAGAGCUGCGUUUGCAGCUCGUCGCCAAAACGUCUUCCCAAAAGAAACGGAAGAUCGCUACGUCGAGGCGCUCCCCACGAGAAACCCACUCCCCGGACGACCCCCUACCCUCGCUGGAGGUCGACGACAACCCAAACUUCAGCUUCACCUCGUCCACCUUGGAACCCUCGUCCCCCGCGUCGGGCGUCCCGCCGAGACUGCUGCACGCCGGCACCAGCGCCCUCACCUCCCACCCCGACUACGCCAACUCGGCCGCGAGCUCCCCCGCCGGCGUCGCCGACUUGUCCAUCCAGGACCAGGGCGGGGACAGUCCGACCAGCUCGUCGCUGUACGUCGCAAAGCCCAGCUACCACCGCACCAUUAUGGGCGGUGCUGCCGAUUUUCCAGAGCGUGCCUCGUCACCAUUGAAGCGGAGGGCGUCGAGCAUGGACCCCGAGGCCGAGGCCGAGGCCGGCGCAAGCGAGGACGUCGACAUGGUCACGGCACCGGCACCGGCACCGGCAUCAGAGGCAGCCGCCUCGGACGCCGUAAUGGAGGUAUCACCCAGCGAGACGGCGGAAACUCAGGUCGAUGGUGCCCAAGGGGCUAUGAGUCCACCAGAGUCCAUCGAGGCCCACAUCAAGUCUAUAAGGACCUUUUGCGAAGAGUUCGAGGGCCGGCGUCUCGAGGACGGCGAUGAGGCAUUCAUUGUGUCGAGAAAAUGGGUGGAAUCAGUCACUGGGAACGGCAAGAACGCAAAGGAGGCGCCGGAUGCAGCGUCCAUCCGGCCGGUGGACAACUCCGAUAUCAUCUGGGAAGUCCUGGACGAUCCUAGCGCCCUCUCAACUACAGAUCUACACAAGAAGAAGUUUGUACGGCUGAAGCCAGGCAUUGGCCCUGAACACUACAACGCCUUCCCUCCCACGGCCUGGGAGCUUGUCAUGCAAUGGCCCGGUCUCGCUGCGGGGCAGAUACCCAUUCGUCGGACGGCCCACGCGACCAGCGACAACGAGUUCGACCCGAACGUUCAACUCGAGCUACACCCACCUGUCUUCACUAUCCAUAGGUUAUGGUCACCGAACAGUCCCAUCCCGAUCAAGCAGAUCAUCAAGAGCCAGCAACCACCGCCAGUCCGUUUGGCACGCAGUCGGACCUGCCUAUGGAAGAACUUCCUCCUCCACUGCAAAUAUCACACCAACAUCGACAGGACGAGGAAGGUUCGGGUAUGGAGAAUACCACGAAAGCUCCCCACCAUUGGCCCAAGUGGUAGUGCCGAUGCCAGUGCGGCCCCGACGCCUCCGGCAUCGCCCCCGGCUUCUGACCCGAGCAACCCGCAAGACUCUUGGCCGCAUUUGUUGCUUGAUGUUGCUACUUUCCGUGAGCUGGACGAUCCCGCUGAUCGAGAGAAGGUCGAAUUCCGAGAUGUCACGGUGGACGACAAGUACAACGGCCACAUGGACCUGGGCAAGCUGGCACUGUCUACCGAUCAGGCAAUUGUGCUUGACGAGCACAUUGAUGGCACCGACUUUGUGUCUAACUUUUCCGCGUCGAAGGCCUCACAGAAUCUCCCUGUUGCUCGUGCGAGCUCUACUAGUCUUGCUGUAAAUCGCAACAACAGAAGCGGCAGAACCAGCCCUGCACCAUCUGGACCACUCACCCGGGGUCGCGCACAGAAAUCCGGGAGACAGAUCGGCUGUGUAGGACUGGGUAACCUCGGGAAUACAUGCUACAUGAACUCGGCUCUACAAUGCGUCCGCAGCGUGGAGGAGCUUACCAAGUAUUUCUUAUCGGGAGAGUGGGAAGGCGAGGUCAACAAGGACAACGUUCUGGCUCACAACGGUGAUGUAGCCGCAGCCUACGCCUAUCUCCUGAGAGAUAUCUACAAGGACCCUCCGCCCAAUUCAGUCACCCCUAAGCACUUCAAAAGCACGCUUGGACGCUAUGCGCCCGCGUUCUCGGGCUACGGCCAGCAGGAUUCCCAGGAGUUCGUCGGCUUUCUCUUGGAUGGUCUACAAGAGGACCUCAGUCGCGUGAAGAAGAAGCCAUACAUUGAAAAACCAGACUCUACAGAUGAGAUGAUCAAUGACCCCGAGGCCAUUCGUGAAAUGGCUGAAAAGGUUUGGGACAUCACGAAGCAAAGAGAUGACUCGGUCAUCGCCGAUCUGUUCACUGGCCUCUACAAGUCAACACUAGUAUGCCCCGACCCCAACUGCGCCAAAGUCAGCAUCACGUUCGAUCCGUUCAACAGUCUUAGUUUGCCGUUGCCAAUCGAAAACAAGUGGGCGCAUACCAUUAAGUUCUUCCCCUUGAACGACAAGCCGGUGGACAUCAGAGUAGAGUUGAACAAGUCAUCGUCUAUCAAACAGCUCAAGGAAUUCAUUAGCACUCGGACGGCUGUCCCUGUCGAGAGACUCCACGGUGCCGAGGAGUGGAAGUGCAAGUUCUACAAGCAAUACCCCAACGGAGCUUGCGCCUCUGAGGAAAUUGGCAGUAGUGAUAAUGCCUGCUUUUACGAGGUUGAAGCCGUGCCCACAAACUGGAACUCGCCCGAGUCUAAGAAGCUCGAGCACGCCGCCUCUAAGGGUCGACGCUCUCUUCUCGAUGAGGCUGAAGAUCCUGGUGCAGAGGUACUCGAUGCCAUGCUUGUCCCAGUCAUCCACCGCGCCACAAUCAAGGCUGGUUAUGGCCAGCCACGCCAACAAUUUGCCCUGGUACCUCACUUCAUCAUUGUGAAUCCCGAAGAGUCACGAGAUGAGGAUGUCAUACGCCGAAAGAUCCUGCAAAAAGUAGCAACCUUCACGAAGCACGAGGUCUUUGCCCGGCAAGAGGAAUCUGAUGCGUCAGACUCCACAGAUUUCGCGACUGCUGGCUCUGAUAGUUCCAACGAUGGCAAGGUUGUGGCGCAAUCCGUAGAGGGCGAGGACGAUAUUGUCGACGUGACUAUGAAAGAUGCCUCCGAAACAAAAUCUUCCCAGGAGACAUCGACUCAGCAAGCGCCUGCUAAAUAUCGUUUCAACGACGCCGUGCCUGCUUGGGUGGAUUCCAAGGAGUAUCUACCGGCGGAUCUGCAGAACCUCUUUGAACUGAGCUACUUUUCAGAGAGCGGCUCCCUCCUUGCUAAUGGGAUGAACGCAGCCCACGAGACGACGGAGUACCCCAAGCUAUCCUCCAGAGCACCGGAACCAACCGCAUCAGAUGAUGCCGGCGACAGUGGGACGAACGGGACAGCAUCGAAUGAUGAGGACAGCUCGGACGAGGUUCCUCGCCGCAGUUCCGAAACACCACCAACGAGGAUGAACGCGGAGAGCGAAGAGGAGGACGGCCCGCCAGUCGUCAAGAUCCCGCACAGGCCCAAGAACAAGCCGAAUACCAAACCUAAUAAUGGACAGAAAAAGAUGAAGGCCCACAAGAAAUAUGGUAAGAAGGGCUCGAAACGACUCCAGCGUCAGGCAGCUGCACUGAGUCGCAAGCAACAAGCUCAUCAAGAUUUGCUCGACGCUCGCUCACCAGCUGACACAGAGGACUCCGGCGCUGAUGGUGGCCCUCUCAUUCGCCUGAGAGAAGGUAUCGUCGUUGACUGGGUUGAAGAUGCCUUCAACGCCCUGUUCGAUGGAGAAAUGGGAACUUUCAAAGAUUGCCAGACUCUCAAAGACGCAGAGCUGGAAAGAGCACGAGAGGCUCGUAACAGGCGAAAGAAGCACGGCAUUUCGUUGGAAAACUGUCUGGACGAGUUUGAGCGCGAAGAGGUGCUAUCAGAGAAUGACACGUGGUACUGCCCUCGUUGCAAGCAGCACCAGCGUGCAUCGAAAAAGUUCGACCUAUGGAAGACACCUGACGUCUUGGUUGUGCAUCUGAAGAGAUUCAGCUCUAGCGGCUGGCGCAGAGACAAGCUAGAAGUUCUGGUUGAUUUUCCCAUUGAGGGCUUAGACCUCACCGAGCGCGUGCUCCAGAAGGAGGAUGGUAAGACGGAAGUCUAUGAUCUGAUCGGAGUCGACUGCCACUGGGGAGGCUUGGGAGGUGGCCACUACACGGCACACGCCAAGAACUUCGUCGACAACCAGUGGUACUCCUACAAUGACUCCUCCGUUUCCAAGGCGAACACCGAUAGAAUUGUUGACACAUCGGCCUACUUACUCUUUUACCGACGCCGCUCUGACGUUCCCCUGGGUGGGCCGCGCUUCAAGGAGAUCAUCGAUGCCUAUGACAACCCUGCUUCAGACGAGGAAUUGACCGAUGCGGGGGAAGGACGGCGUCUCGACGAGGGCUCCUCCCCAGUUGGGUCGUCGAGCGCAUUCCCGGAAGGAGCAGGAGCUACUCGCCAGCGCCAAGUCGGAACUCAUGGUGGUAGAGUGCAUGGUUCCAACGGUUAUGAGACCAAGAGUGAUGACGGAGUCCAGCGCUUGAUCGACCCCGUUCGGCAGAGCAUCGAAGAGGAUGAAGGAAUCGAUGUGACAGAGAACCCUGGUAACAGUAAUUCGGUUAUGGGACCUACAUGGAGCUUCGACAUGAUCCAGAACAUGAACGGCGACGGAGCCCCUGGCAGCCCAGCCGCCUCAGGCGCGGCAACGGAUGAAGCUCAGCACGAUUCUUCUGGAGACGAAGUAUUUGGACCUCAAGAUGCCGAUACGGAAAUGGAUAACAUCCCUGGCGUUAGCCACAUUGAGCUCCCAGCAGCUCCGGGACCCAAUCCACCUCCUUACGAAGAGCUUCCUCCACCUGACUACAGUGGAGGAUUCUCGAGGGAUGAAAUGACACGUGUUUGGGACGCCAAGGAUGGGGUCCAUGAGGUCCCAGCAGAAGGCGAGCAGGACCAACGCUCUGAAGAGGCAGCAGAAAUUCAUCUCGACGACGAUGGGAAGAAGCUAGCGUAG